AUUUUAUUAAUGAUGAUGUAAUAAUGAGUCCAUUUAAUAAUUCGACCCCACAAUAUGUGCUCGAAGGCCAUCGUUCAAUUGUCAACUCUGUAAUUUGGCAUCCCCAUUUUCCUUUGAUAUUUUCAUCAGGUGUUGAAAAAAUAAUCAAGGUUCAUUCGGCUUUUCCGUUUUCAAAUAAGGAUUAUGAACCUAAAGUUCCACAACCACCUAGACCAAAGUUAAGGCGUGCAGCAAAUCAUCGUUCAGCAUAUUCUUCAUCAUCUUAUGUUGAACCUGAAGAAAAUAUGGAAGAAGAUCCGUUAACUUUGAGAUUCUUUGAUUUAAUGCUUGUUACUGAAGAACAUUACGAUCCUUAUUGGGGAAACGAUUCUUCUGAUUCUGAUGAUCUUUCAUUGUUUACUACGCAAUUUUUUAGGCGAAAUGCUGAUGAGGAUAGGAGUGAAAAUGGGGUUAAUGGAAGAGAAAAUAGUGAAAACGAUGUUAGCAGCGAUGAUUCGUCUACGUGUUAUGAUUCGAGUUCAGACAGUGAGGAAACAUCUAGCAGAGAUACAUCAGGAAGUGAUAACGAGCUUAUGUCAUUAGAAAGCUAA